AAACAAUACCAGACGGGACCCUAAAAAGCAAUUAUCACGAUAUCGCAGACUGACUGACAAUCCUCGUUGCAAUUGCCGACUGAGUCUGAACGUUGGUUGGCCUCUCUGUACUCACGGUCCAACUUCUCAACCCCAAUAAUUAAAAAUUAAAAAAUAAUAAAAAAUAAAAUAAAAUUCUCAAAAUUUAUGCCAUUUUCUGUCUUCUAGUUUGUGGGUUUGAAUCUCAGAUUUGUUUGGAUCCGCUAGAUUGUUGUGGUUCGGUCUUGAGUAUAGUCCGUAUCUCAUUACUAAAUAAUGGACUUAAGUACAUUUGACCGUGGACAACUGACUCUGCUGGGAUGUGGAUUGUGUGUGAUGCUUACAAUGCAUUUCACAGUCCAGUUAUUGUCUCAACAUCUCUUUUACUGGAAGAACCCAAAGGAGCAAAAGGCCAUCAUAAUUAUUAUUCUUAUGGCUCCGAUAUAUGCGAUGGAUUCAUUUGUAGGUUUACUGGACAUCCAGGGAAGCGAAGCAUUCUUCAUGUUUUUGGACUCAAUUAAGGAGUGUUACGAGGCUUUGGUGAUUGCCAAGUUUCUGUCUUUGAUGUAUAGCUACCUGAACAUAUCUAUAAGUAAAAAUAUUGUUCCAGAUGGCAUCAAAGGAAGAGAAAUCCACCAUUCAUUUCCGAUGACUUUAUUUCAGCCUCACACUGUCAGGCUCAACCACCAUACUCUGAAGCUUCUGAAAUAUUGGACAUGGCAGUUUGUCAUCAUCCGCCCAGUUUGUUCCAUCUUGAUGAUAACACUACAAAUAAUUGGAAUAUAUCCUAAUUGGUUGAGCUGGACAUUUACUAUCAUUCUCAACGUUUCUGUUUCAUUGGCACUGUAUUCUCUUGUGGUCUUUUACCAUGUAUUUGCCAAGGAACUGCAGCCACACAAGCCACUUGCAAAAUUCUUGUGCAUCAAGGGGAUUGUCUUCUUCUGCUUUUGGCAGGGAAUAUUGCUCGACAUACUUGUUAAAUUGGGCAUCCUCAAAUCACAUCAUUUCUGGUUAGAUGUAGAGCACAUUCAGAAAGCAACUCAGAAUAUCUUGGUAUGUAUGGAGAUGGUUGUCUUCUCCGUUCUACAGCAGUAUGCAUACCAUGUUGCACCCUACAGUGGAGAUGUUGAAGCCAAGUUGAAAUUGAACAAGAAGACUAAAUGAUGUGAAUAGAUACAGCAUCAUAAAAUUUGAGACACUUCAUCAUGUGUCAUAUUUAUUAUAUGUAGUAAUGGGAAACUUCAAAGGAUUGCCUGUUUGUUGACAUAUGGAGCGGAUACUUUUGUGUUUUGCAUCUUUAGCAGACGGUGUGGAUGUUGAUAUAUCGUGCAAACAUUCAGUAUCAGUGUUUUCAGUCAUGGCUGCUGUUGUUUUUGGUUCCUACGGGUCAGAGCUUUUUCAUUGCUGAGUUAAGUAUAUGUCGUUUACUUUGCGUUGUGGGAGCAAUCUUAUGUAUAUUGAUGUCAGCUGCAAAUGCUAUUUUCAUGGUAGUGCUAUGGCCUAAGCAUUGUAUAAAGUAGAGUCAAACUGCCAAAAUAAAUCAUCUUCCAAAUUCCUAUUGUGCUCGUCAUUAUUUAUUUAUUAGUAUGUACUUUAUUUA